GUGAUCCCAGCCUCGGUCCCGCCGGAUUGGUCUUCGGAGUUUGGCGAAGGGGAGACUUUCCCCAACUCUUCAGCCCCCGGAGCAGGGCUGUGGGAGCUCGGCUCUUGGCCAGACCUCUCUGGCUGCGGCCGAGAGCCGACCCCCGGCUCCCCCAGGCCACUCCGGCGUUGGCGAGCGCCCUGCCAGCGGGGUGACCGCCCAGCGGGGGCUGAGAGGCGAGGGGCUCGCGUUCCCAGAGCCGCAAAAGCCUUUCUCAAAAUGGAGCCUCCGCUUGCCCCUCCUUCUCUCUCGGCCUCCGAGCGAGCGAGCGAGUGAGCGGGAGCCGGGCUGGCUGGGCCUGUCUUCCAGACGCCUGGCUCCGGCUCCCAGGGUGUCUGGCUCUCAGGCCCAGUUUUAUGUCUCUUGAGUACUGGGGCCCUCGCUGCUUGGGGCUCCGGGCCGCAGGCUCUGCCGUCUCCUUGUCUGCCUGGCCCGAGGGCCCUCUGACUCUUUUGUCUCUUAUCCUCUGGUUCUCCGUCUUUCUCUGAGCCUGUCUCGCUCCUUCCCUCACUUUUCACUUUCUCUGUGCUCACUGAAGUGGGGAAGUGCAGACAGGUGCCAGCCCGGGUUGCCCCCGAACUCCCCUGCCAUCUGUUUUCCCCAUGCCCUGGAGUGGUCUGGAGGGGACAGAGGAGGGGCUGUUCUCACCACUUACCCCAAGGUGGCUCUUGUGGGAGGACCCAGCCGCCAACCGGCAGGAGUGCCUGCCCCCCUCCCCCUGCAGCUCCCAGCUCCUACUGCCUGGACACCUUCUUCAUUCUCUGUGGCUUUUGACUCGGGUGGGGAGGAGGAGGGGUGGUCUUACUGGAACCAAGCAAAAAGAGAGGGAGCAGAGCAAGCAGCAGAGUCAAAUAAUGGGUGUCUCCUCUCUCCCCCACACUCCAGUGACAAAAACCAGGCUCCCCCUCACCUGAUUGGCCCUGCCUGCCACCCAGGCCCCACCCAGGCUCACACAUGCUCCUGUUCACACACACACGCUUACUCACAUGUGCUCUCCUGUUCACACUCUUGUGUGACAGACGCACUUGACUCUACACAUGAACUCACGUAUACUGGAAUGUGCUUCUACCCGACACUCUGCCCUCUCAUCACUCCUACACCACAAAUCCACUGAAAAUACCAAUAUCAGCUUAAAAUACCAAGUCACCGCUAUUUACACACAUACUCAUAAGUUAAACUUGUCUGAAUUCACACAGGCGUAGAAAUGGACCAAAACAUCUGUCCAAACGUACCUGUGUGUGUGCUCACAUUCCUCCAUAAGGCUUUUUACACGUACUUUAGUUUGCACACAGUUCUCCUGUUCUUUGCACACACACAAAUCAGUGAAUGCAUAUGCUGCUCCUCCCACGUAAUUCUCCGUCCACUUCUUGCUCCCUGCCCUGCGUGAUGACUUCAGCAGAUUCCUGAGUUCUGGUCUGGCUCAGGACUAGGGAGGGAGUUCGGAUAGAGAUUUGCUGUCGCCUUCCAGGAAGAAGCCGGGCCUGGGGAGGUGGAGCCCUCCUCCCUGGCUUUGUCAGGAAGUGAGAUCAGAACAGCUGCCAGAGGUUCCCCUGGAGGCCUUUGGCCAGGCCUGAGCCUCUGCCGCCAUGGCCAUCGUGCAGACCCUCCCACUGCCACUGGAACCUGCUCCUGAGGCCACCACUGCCCCACAAGCUCCAGCCAUGGGCAGCGUGAGCAGCCUCAUCUCAGGUCGGCCAUGCCCGGGGGGGCCAGCUCCUCCCCGCCACCACGGCCCCCCUGGGCCCACCUUCUUCCGCCAGCAGGAUGGACUGCUGAGGGGUGGUUAUGAGGCACAGGAGCCUCUGUGCCCAGCUGUGCCCCCCAGGAAGACCGUCCCUGGCACCAGCUUCACCUAUAUCAACGAGGACUUCCGGUCAGAGUCACCCCCCAGUCCUAGCAGUGACAUUGAAGAUGCCCGAGAACAGCGGGCACGCAAUGCCCAUCUCCGUGGGCCCCCACCAAAGCUCAUCCCUGUGUCUGGAAAGCUGGAGAAGAACAUGGAGAAAAUCCUGAUCCGCCCAACAGCCUUCAAGCCGGUGCUGCCCAAACCUCGAGGGGCGCCGUCCCUGCCUAGCUUCCUGGGUCCUCGGGCCGCCGGACUGUCUGGGAGCCAGGGUAGCCUAACGCAGCUGUUCGGAGGCCCGGCCUCCUCCUCCUCCUCCUCCUCCUCCUCAGCUGCUGACAAGCCCCUGGCACUGAGUGGCUGGGUCAGCGGCUGCCCGUCGGGGACACUGUCUGACUCGGGCCGAAACUCACUGUCCAGCCUGCCCACUUACAGCACUGGGGGUGCCGAGCCAGCCACCAGCUCCCCAGGUGGGCACCUGCCCUCCCAUGGCCCUGGGCGGGGGGCACUGCCUGGGCCAGCCCGAGGGGCCCCCACUGGGCCCUCCCACUCGGACAGCGGCCGAUCUUCCUCCAGCAAGAGCACAGGCUCCCUGGGGGGCCGUGUGGCUGGGGCGCUCUUAGGCAGCGGUCCCCGGGCCUCCCCUGACAGCAGCUCCUGUGGGGAGCGCUCCCCGCCCCCGCCCCCGCCCCCUCCGCCCCCCUCGGACGAGGCCCUGCUGCACUGUGUCCUGGAAGGAAAGCUCCGUGACCGGGAGGCCGAGCUGCAGCAGCUACGGGACAGUCUGGACGAGAGCGAGGUGACCAUGUGCCAGGUAUAUGAGGAACGGCAGCGGCACUGGCAGCGAGAGCGCGAGGCUGUGCGUGAGGAUGGCGCGGCCCAGUCACAGCGGGCACAGCGAGCCCAGCAGCUGCUGCAGCUGCAGGUUUUCCAGCUGCAGCAGGAGAAGCGGCAGCUGCAGGACGACUUUGCACAGCUGCUGCAGGAGCGGGAGCAGCUGGAGCGACGCUGUGCCACCUUCGAGCGGGAGCAGCGGGAGCUCGGGCCCCGGCUGGAGGAGACCAAGUGGGAGGUGUGCCAGAAGUCCGGCGAGAUCUCCCUGCUGAAGCAGCAACUGAAGGAGUCCCAGGCAGAGCUGGUGCAGAAGGGCAGUGAGCUGGUGGCCCUGCGCGUGGCCCUGCGGGAGUCCCGGGCGGCGCUGCGUGUCAGCGAGGGCCGAGCACGCGGCCUGCAGGAAGCUGCCCGUGCCCGGGAGCUGGAGCUGGAGGCCUGUUCCCAGGAGCUGCAGCGGCACCGCCAGGCGGCCGAGCGGCUGCGGGAGAAAGCUGGGCAGCUGGACAGCGAGGCAGCCGGACUCCGGGAACCCCCUGUGCCACCCGCGACCACUGACCCAUUCCUCCUGGCGGAGAGCGAUGAGGCCAAGGCGCAGCGGGCAGCGGCUGGGGUGGGGGGCAGCCUGCGGGCCCAGGUGGAGCGGCUGCGGGCAGAGUUGCAGCGGGAGCGGCAGCGGGGCGAGGAGCAGAAGGACAGCUUCGAGGGAGAGCGGCUGGCCUGGCAGGCCGAGAAGGAGCAGGUGAUCCGCUACCAGAAGCAGCUGCAGCACAACUACAUCCAGAUGUACCGACGCAACCGGCAGCUGGAGCAGGAGCUGCAGCAGCUCAGCCUGGAGCUGGAGGCCCGGGAGCUCGCCGACCUGGGCCUGGCCGAGCCGACCCCCUGCAUCUGCCUGGAGGAGAUCACGGCCACUGAAAUCUAGGGACCUUGGCAUCCCAGCUCUGCAGGGAGCUUCCCGAGUGGGGCUGUCGACUCCGUUCGCCAAGAGCCCCCAAACCACCCAUCCCCUGGGCCUCUGCCAUACCGUGGGGCCGCCCUAUGGCGUGGGUGAACAAGAGCAGACCGCUCAGGCCUGUGUUCACUGUCACUCAGAGGCUUCAGCUUGCUCUGCCCACAUCACUUCCCACUGCUGCCACCGUCAGCCGCACUCGCCUCCAUGCUCGCCAGCGCCCCGGGAGCGCUGGGAGAGAAAGGGGCUCAUCCCCACAGUCUCCCACCCCAAAGCCAGAGAGAGCCAGACAGCACCAGCUGUUCCAGAUGUGCCUGCCCCUACCCUGCCCAUGUUGGGGGACAGGGCUAAGACUGGGGUCUCCCCAGUUCUCAGCUUGCAGCCUCUCCUGGAGAGAGGGGCUGUAGUCAGACCAAAGGAAGAACUCAGAAAUGUUUUGUUUAUUUGUGUUUGUGACCAAGUAGCCCCUCCCCACACCCAAGUUUAUGGCCUCGUUUUCAUUUGUAUAUUUUUCACACUGUAAAUUUCUUGUACAAACCCAAAGAAAAAAUUUAAGAAAGUUUUUGUUUUAAAAAAAGGCUGAGUAUGCUGGAUAAAGAUGCUGGGAACUUG